UCUUACGCUGCUUCAGUAACUCCGUGUUAAAUGAAGCUGCAAAAUCGUCUUGUUUUAGUUGAACAUAUAAAUCAGGGAUAUCACAAAAUAAAAGGUAAAAAUCAGAAAAAGCUCACAAAAAGAAAUGAAAAAUCAGAACACCUCAGUAAGAAAAAGAGCAGAAACAAAGCAGAAAAAAUUUCAAAAAGCAGAAUUUUUCUGCCAGAAUCAGCGGAUCUGGGAUUUAGUUGUGAAACCGUUUUGAUAACUACCGAAGCUGGUUCACAUUCAGUACGAGAACUUUUGAUAUUCGAUGACUGUAGAUUUGGAACAUAUUUAUUUACUAAUAAAGCAUGCACCUAGACCAAAACCUCUAAAACUACGCGAUAUUCUUAGCACUUGCUGUUGUAUCUUAUAUAUCCACUCACCCUCAUCUUCCCACCCCCUCACCCCUCCCGACCAACGAACACAUUUUAUGUUCAUUUGUGAAAUACACGCAAAACUCACCGCUCCAUUUUCAUUUUCUCUGUAUACGAUUGAGAAAAAUGAGACGUAACUAGUCUUCUUUACCUUGUCAGUCUUACAACUGAUGAACCCUGCUUUCCCUACUAUCUACUCAGUGAAUGCCGAGACGGCUGUUGACUGGAAUCCAUGCAUCCGCGUCUUAUCAAGUCUUUUAUACACAUAGGAAAAGCUUUUUCAACACUUUUUACUUAUAAAAACUUGUGAAAGGUGCUACGUAUGAGAUAAGUAUACAUAGAUUGUACUUGUAUCUUCUUUUCAAUAUGAAAAAUUUAACUAAAGAAUACAGACUGACCUAGUGUCUUAGUCAUCUCUUUGAAUAUUUUCUCUCUUGUGGUUAACAAACAAUUUUCUGUUUUUCUCUCUUGGGAUUGACUUAUGUAGGGAAUUGAAAAUGUUACAGCCAUUUUUUCGUAUUAUACGCACACACAGACAGCCAUUUUGUAAUAUCCAACACUAAAGUCAAAGGAACAGAGCAUACAAGGUAACACUCGUCUGCACUCGCUCGUUCCGCUGACUUUUGGAACUUAUAUCUGUGAACGACCUUCCAUGACUAUGAAACCCAGACAUAGAAGUUCACACAGUUAGUUAUAAGUCAAAUGUUUACCCGUUGUUACAUUCAUCCACGCUUGUAAAGGUUACGCUAGUACAGGUGGAAAUACAAUUGCGGAAGCGUGCAAUUGUAAACGGGGCUGUGCGACAAAAAGUUGUCCAUGUCGAGCUAAAGGCAUAAAAUGUUGUACAAAAUGUCACCCAAAAAACAGUGUGUGUGUUCAAAUGCUUAAUGCUGUUAAAAAAAUAUUUGUGAUUGUUAAUAAUAUUUUCAAUAAAAAAGAUCGUAUUACCUUUACUAUCAGCAUCAUGACAGUCAAAUUAUAAUUUCCACUAUAGUGGAGAUUAAAAUUUUAUUCUCCACUAGUCGAACUUACAAUUUCAAUUUUUACUGGAUUCUUCUUAGUGGAAAUUGAAAUUUUAAACUCCACUAAAACAAAAACUUCAUUAUCAACGGCACUUCACCUCCAAACAGAUGGACAAGGUGAAACAUUAAAUAGAACUGUAGAAGAAAUGCUACGACAUUAUGUAGCACAACAACCAGAGAAAUGGGAUGAGACAUUAACACCAAUAAAAUUUGCUUAUAAUAAUUCGAUACUAACACCAACAGAUUUUAGUCCAUUUUGUUUAGAUGCAGGCCGUCAUCCACGAAUUACUGAACAGUUAACAUAUUCCAUAACACCACAACAACAACUGACCGUUUAA